CUCUCUCUCUCUCUCUCUCUCUCUCUCCCUCCUGUCUGUGUGUCUCUCUCUCUCUCCUGUCUGCUGUCUCUCUCUCUCUCUCUCUCUCUCUCUCUCUCUCUCUCUCUCUCUCUCUCUGUGUGUGCGUCUCUCUCUCUCUCUCCCUCUCUGUCUGUGUGCGUCUCUCUCUCUCUCUCCCUGUGUGUAUGUGUGUGUUUGUGUGUGUGCGUCUCUCUCUCUUUCCCUCCCUCUAUGUGUGUGUGCGUCUCUCUCUCUCUCUCUCUCUCUCUGUGUGUGUGUGUGUGUGUGUGCGCGCGCGUGUGUGUGUGUGUGUAUAAAUGGCCGCGCAGCUCUCUCUCUCCUCUGCAUGUGUGAAUUUCUCCAGCGAUGUGGCGCUUCGGUGCAGAGCAGCAACACGCCGCCUCCUUUUUUUAAUUCCUCCAUCCAUCCAUCUCUCCAUCCUUCUUUUUACUUUCUUUCUUUAUUUCUUUCUUUUCCUUUCUUUCUUUUCCCCCUCCCCUGCUAGCGCUGUCUUUUUGAUGUCCCCUUUUGUGUUCAAUAAACACUCCAUUUGAAUCAUUUUGAGCCUUGGUUAUUCUUAUUAUUAUUAAUUAUUUAUUUAUUUCCUGCUGCCGAGUUGCAGAUAAAGAGAAAACGGAUUCGUGGUUGUGGUCAGUGUAGCUCGAGCUCGGGGGCUUUAUAUUACUGGCUUUAAAUUUCGCUCUGGACGUCGCCUAACUUUGCCUAUAGACACGACGGCAUCUCCAAACUAACAUGGCAGUCAGGCUGUGUGAUGUGGCUUCUCUGCUUAGAAGUGGCUCGUGGGCGGCUGAGCCAUGGACCGGGCAGGUGAUUGCUGCCAUGGAAACGCAGCUCUCAAACGGACCGACAUGCAACAACACGAGCAACGGUCCGAACCAGAUGAACAGCUGCUCUUCACCGGUAGAGUCGAGUGGGAUGGAGGACAGCAAGACGAACUUGAUAGUCAACUACCUGCCCCAGAACAUGACCCAGGAGGAGCUCAAGAGCCUCUUCGGCAGCAUUGGAGAGAUCGAGUCCUGUAAACUCGUACGAGACAAAAUCACAGGGCAGAGCCUCGGGUACGGCUUUGUGAACUACGUGGAUCCAAAAGACGCAGAAAAAGCCAUCAACACACUCAACGGGCUGCGACUGCAAACUAAAACCAUUAAGGUGUCCUACGCCCGUCCAAGUUCGGCCUCCAUCAGAGACGCCAACCUGUAUGUGAGCGGUUUGCCCAAGACCAUGACGCAGAAGGAGCUCGAGCAGCUUUUCUCUCAGUACGGACGCAUCAUCACUUCCCGGAUCCUCGUCGAUCAGGUCACAGGUGUGUCUCGGGGUGUGGGUUUUAUCCGUUUCGAUCGGCGUGUGGAGGCUGAGGAGGCCAUUAAGGGGCUGAAUGGGCAGAAGCCUCCUGGAGCUACCGAGCCCAUUACGGUGAAGUUUGCCAACAACCCGAGUCAGAAGACCAGCCAGGCGCUGCUCUCUCAGCUCUACCAGUCUCCAAACAGGAGAUACCCAGGACCGCUUGCCCAGCAGGCUCAGAGAUUCAGACUGGACAACCUGCUGAACAUGGCUUACGGAGUGAAGAGUAGGUUUUCUCCCAUGGCCAUCGACGGCGUCACCAGUCUGGGCAUCAACAUCCCCGGUCACGCCGGCACAGGCUGGUGCAUCUUCGUCUACAAUCUGGCUCCGGACGCAGACGAGAGCAUCUUGUGGCAGAUGUUUGGGCCAUUUGGCGCCGUGACGAACGUGAAGGUGAUCCGUGACUUCAACACGAAUAAGUGCAAAGGCUUCGGCUUCGUCACCAUGACCAACUACGACGAGGCGGCCAUGGCCAUCGCCAGCCUGAACGGCUAUCGCCUCGGAGACCGCGUGCUGCAGGUCUCGUUCAAAACUAACAAAACACACAAAGCUUAACGCCAAGCAUUUCUCUCUGCUUGGGAGCAGGCUGUGAAACGUUCAACUUUCUCAGACAUGUUUGCUAAUCAGUGUUAUAAAGAAAAACUUAGGGGUUUUUUUUGGUUAGUUUUUUGAUUUUUUUUGCUGGUCUUUAAAAAAAAAAAGUGAUUAACAGCAUGCGUUGGGUGGCGACUGUGCCCUUUUUUGUUUUUGUUUUUUUUUUGGUGUCCAUUUGUUUUUCCUCUCCUUUUCUUUAAUUUUCUUAUUUUGAGUCAUUUUCGAUGUGUAUAAUAUUCGAAAAGAGAAAAAAAAUCUUUAGUAAUCUUUCCAUGUUUAGUUUCUCAUAUUGAGUUCAUUGGCUGCAUAAAUGUUACUGUUAAAUUGAGGAAACAAACAAACAAAAAAAGACAAAAAAAAUUCUUAAAGCGGUACCUUGCCAAAGAGCUACAAACCUCUUUGAAGUGGGUUUAAAAAGUGUCUAUUUUUAUAAAAAGAGAAAAUUUGGAGAAACUUUUUACUGGACAUGGAGCAAAAUAUUUUGACUUUGAGAAACUAUCUUCAUACGACACCCUGUGACAUUUUCACACUUUACCAGACAGUUUGCAGAGUUAGAAAUUUCUGGACCGAUUUAUUGACCACAAAGAUCGUCUUUUGAGGUCUUUGUGUUCCACCGCUUGCGCUUGGAUUCGAUAUUUUUGAGACGCAGGCCGCCAAAAACGAAGGUUUUAUUACAAACACACACACAAACUCACACACGUGUGCAUGCAGGAUGAUGGAGGGAAUCUGUAGGUCGUGAGCAAUUUGGGUGAAUCGGUUCUUCCUCAAAAGUUUCCUUCUAUAAAGAAAUGGGCUGUGGGGGUCGUCAGUGCCGUGUUUAGUAUCUUGGUAAACACUUUGUCUUUCUAAACACUGGUAAAGGUUUUAGCUGCUCGGAAUGAAGGCGAGAACGGGCCGACGAUGCCUGCAAACAGAACAAUAUCGACUGAGAAUGAAGUGUUUGAAGGGAGAAGAUCUCCUGAGUUAAUACCUUACUGUAAAUAGAAGUACUUUACGUUGAGUAAUAUAUGUACCCUUAUUUUUUUUCCCCCCCAAACAAGUGUUUAAUUUUUUUCUGUGUACGUACAGUAAUUAUUUACCUUUUUUUAGUAAAUAAUUUGGAUUUGCUGACGAGUCGUUUAGUUGAGACACUUUGUUUGAUGCUUUAUUCCUGUAUCAGAUUUGUUGGUGGUUUUGUCCGUAGAUAGUCUCGCUUCUGCAAAAUUCUAGGCUUUCUUUUGUUUUUCUCCUCUCUUUUUCCUUUCUAUAUAUUAUAAGCAUUAAAUAUUUGUGGUUAAAUAUUGACAAGCCACAGUUUUGAGCGAAUACUUAUUUGAUUUAGUUUUUCGUAUCCACGUUACACAUAAUAUGUAAUAUAACCCGUUUUAAACUGAAAAAUAAAAAGUGUAUAUUGCUUAAUAUUCACAAGGGGAGCCUGACAAGGCUUUUUUUCUACAACCGUAGCAACACAAUGGUGUGUUUUAUUCUCCACUUAAUGAAGGAAAGAGCCUCAGGCUCCCCGGAUGUGUGGCAGUGUGCUAUGCAUUAUAUUUUUCUUUCUUUCUCUUUUUGGGCGUUAAUUUGUUUGUUUAUUUUCAUCGAUGAACUGUGGCUUUGUGCUGCUCGGGGACACGGAGAGCUUUUUGUACCAUGUGAGGUUUAUUUUUAUUUUUGUUUCCCCCUUUUUCUUUCUUUAAAAAAAAAAAAAAGGCAAACGAAGCUCUAAAAGGCAGCAGGGACCAAUCAGCUGCUCAAGGUUUACACCCGGCUGAACGUGAGCUCUGAUCCUGUCUGUGGCGCCAAAAGCCUCCGUGUCUCGUCUGUAGUCUCAGUUCUGUAGUGUGCGCAUUAUUUAUUUCAAGUUGUACAGUAUAAACCUUAUUCACAGCUAAGUUUGGAAUUUUUGGGGUAUAUAAUAUCUUUUUGUUGAGUAUUUAA